AUGAGGGUAUGCUUGCCCUACCAUGAGCUUACUAUCUGGGCCCUAGAGCUCGCGGCCCAACUGCCCCCCAGUGCUCGAGUGACCGGCUAUGGCACUAGUGAGAGCACCUUCCCGCUGAGCCAAUACUGGCCGCCAAAUGUCUCCUUCUCCGCGCUUGACUGUCUCGGAGAGGUCCUUGAAGCCUUGGUGGGCCAGUUCGACGUUGUCCAUCUACGGAUGUGGGCGCUUGUUAUCCGUGAUAACGACACCAGUACCUUGAUCAGGAGUGCAGCCAAGUUACUGAAGCCGGGGGGUUAUCUCCAGUGGGAAGACGCGCCUUUCGGCAGCGUUGUGGCGCCGGGUGAGGCCGCUUUCCAUGUUCGCGAAAUGAUGCGGGCCAUCAACAGAGUCGCAAAGACCGACUUCCGGUAUCUACUGGCCUCCAUGGAGUCUCCUACCGUCCAAAUCCAGACAAGCCCGGUGGAAGCUAACGAGUUCGAUGCGUGCACCUGCAGAUGGCUCGACCAGCUUCAAGAUCAUGUCCAGCUUGCGACUCCCGAACUGGAGGUUGUCGACUGCCAAAGACCACGUGGGCAUCGUAUCUCAUCCCGCUCUGUAUGA